GCGGGUGACGUCACCGGGGCCACGUCGGCGACCGCCAUCUUGCGCGCGAUAUCGCGGGAGCCGGGAAGAGCGCCGAGGCGGCCGUGUCGAGUGAGCCAUGAACGUGUUCCGCCUGGCGGGAGACCUCUCCCACCUCCUCGCCAUCAUCAUCCUCCUCCUCAAAAUAUGGAAGACGAGGUCGUGCGCAGGUAUAUCGGGCAAGAGCCAGAUCCUAUUUGCCCUGGUGUUCACAACCCGGUACCUGGACCUGCUGACCAACUACAUUUCGCUCUACAACACUACCAUGAAGGUAAUUUACAUAGGCUGCUCCUACGCGACGGUGUGGAUGAUCUACUCCAAGUUUAAGGCAACGUACGACAGCAACCACGAUACAUUCCGCGUGGAGUUCCUGGUGCUGCCCGUGGCACUGCUAUCCCUGGUGGUCAACCAUGACUACUCGGUAGUGGAGAUCCUGUGGACCUUCUCCAUAUACUUGGAGUCGGUGGCCAUCCUGCCCCAGCUCUUCAUGGUGAGCAAGACGGGGGAGGCGGAGACCAUCACCAGCCACUACCUUUUUGCGCUGGGCGUCUACCGCACCCUCUACCUCUUCAACUGGAUCUGGCGCUACUUUGCCGAGGGCUUCUUCGACCUGAUCGCCAUCGUGGCCGGCCUGGUGCAGACCAUCCUCUACUGCGACUUCUUUUACCUGUACAUCACUAAAGUCCUGAAAGGCAAGAAGCUGAGCCUCCCGGCCUGAACAGGUGUCCCGAAAGCUGCACGGACGCCCGUGCCUGCGAGCACCAGCGGACGAGGCCCCCACGCUGGGAGGAUGCGGGGCCGGGCAGGGGGGUGCGUGCCGCCAGGGAUGAAGAGGAGGCGACCGCCACCUCCUUCCUCCCCGCAUCUUUCUUUUCUGGGGCUUUUUGUUAUGGUGUUGUAUAUUUUUUUAAUAUCAAAAGUACAUUCUCCUAGCUGGUGAAUUUUCCAUUUGUUUUAAAGUUAAACCACCUAAUUAUUGUUGUCGUUGAGGCCGAAACGAGUUUGUAGACGUUUGCAUUAGCCACGACCGAAGGAGGGGGGAGGAGGGGUCCUUUGGGAAGGCAUUUGUAAUUUUCUUUAUUAACUCACGACAUGCAGUAAGUGUUCAACUCCUUGUGUAAUGAGAAAUUUCGAACUAACACGCACACGAACUAGAACAAUGUGCUUUUUUAUCGUCCGGUCGGGCGGUAGGUGGUUUACACAGCCACACGCUUUUCCCAGCUGCGAUUGUCUCGGCUUGUGUCGCAGGGCUGGUCAAAAUCCGCAAAAGCACCCUCUCCACUGCAGUGAAAGUCAUCCUCAUUGGCUGUGUGUGUGCAAGGGUUUUUUGUACUCUUAAAUGUCAACAAUUAGCUACCCACCCCACACAGCUAUUAACCACCAAAUACAAUUUGUCAGGGUUGAAUUUGUUACUCGGUGAGCAAAGCAUGAGAAGAGGGGCACUUCUAUUAUUAUUAUCUCGUGGGUUGAGGGUUUUCCCAAGCCAUGAGGUGGCAAUGCACUGGCAUGCAUGUCGAGUUCGGACCCAGCCUCUACUCAAUUACGUGAUUCCGUGAGCGUGGACACUUGCAGGAAUUUGCAGCUACUUUUGUUAGGGGUGAAAGUUGUUCAGCUAAAACCUUCAGGCUAUUGCAUUGACUUCUUGAGCACCGUGAACACAAUUUUCAUACUGCACAGCUGCCAAGAUCGGUCUUGACGCACGUUUUGUUUAUGGCCGUGCUUUGGGGAAAUCAUCUGGCAUGCGACAGCUGUGGCUGGAGAGUGAACGCACAUGCACAACCCGUGGAUGUUUUGAGAGUCACGAUAUCGGCCUUUAUUGUGGAGAGGCAUUGCUUCUGGUGAUAAUGCGGCGCUUUGGAACUUAAUGACAAACGUAGUCCAUUGGCCAGGUCAGAUGUCGGGAGUUCGCGAAACAUUAAGUGGUACCUAUUUUUCUGUAUGGACAAUCAAAGUGAUAAAUGGGAGCAUCUUAUUUGAAAAGCUUAUCUCACAAUAUACUCAUCUUGACCAUACAAAGAAAUUGGUUUUGUGGAAAUUCAGAAGUCUUGUGACAUUCAAUGUUUUGAUGAAUAAGAGAACUGAUUUUGGCCUCUGGACUGAUGGUAUGUGCGUUGUAAAGGAUUUAGCACAGUUUUAAUGUAUUCUGCCAACACAAAGCACUCGAUGAUAAUACGUGUGUGUAAUCCAUGGAUGCAGACCAGAUAAUUAACCAGUUGGUAUCACCUGUGGUUGCAAAACUAGGUUUUUUGAAUUUUUAUAAUAACAGCUUUUUUGGGUUGUGAACCAUUGUUAAAUUGGCCAUAUAAAAGAAAACUUUUUCACUCAAAGUUUUGUCACUACACUUGGUACCGGUGCUGCUCUUCCAUAGAAUACUAUAAGAACUGCUCAUUCCAAUUUCAUUUAUUUUGUCGAUUGAAUAAUGCUGUAAUUUUUUUAGGAAUAGCCUGGUGGCGCCUGCAGUUAGGCAAUGUAAUUUACUGGUCUGAACACUGUUAUUUGUUUGCUAAACACACUGUGGCUCUUGCGCUGAUUUUUUUGUUGCUCAAAGCAUUUAACUUUAUACUCCAUUUUUCGUUCAUGUACGUGCCUGGAAGCAGAGCUGUGUUUGAGCUGAACGUGAUUGGGGGGGGGGGUGGGGGUGUGUGGUGGGGGGGGACACAGAAAACCCAGAAUCAAAUUGAAAUAAAUUUUGAGAACAGUUUUGAGUGUGUGCCUGUCACGCCAGAUUGAGCGAGGCGUUGUGCCAGUGGGACCUCUAGAAAUUGAGUAAGAUUGAGAACAAAGCGUUGACGAGCUCUCGUAGAAGUAGCUGCGCUCGGUGGAGCUUUGUGAUGAGGUGAAGUGAUUCGCCAGGCUUGAACAGUUAGUGUGGCGAUAUGAUUUUGGUCAUAAUUCCGGCAUUUGUCCGAGAUGAACGAAUUAAACAAUCAAAAUUUCUAA